CCGAGCGCAGACGGCCGGGCGAGAGUGGGAGGGCCGGGCGGCCGGGCGAGCCACUAGCCAGUGCCGGGCAUCGGGUGGGGUUGGCGGCUGCUAUUGCUGCCUUUUCCGAGCGGGAGCAUCAAGCGCCUGGCACGGGCGAUCCUGCCCGUCUGCCCGCCGCCCGGCGCGGCUCCCGUUGGAGCGGUGGCCCCGGGCAGCGCCGGCCUCGCCGCGUGUGGAUGCGGGCCCGGGCGCCGGCGGGCGGCCGAAGCUGAGCGGCCGCCGAGGAAGAUGGAGUGCGCGCUGGACGCCCAGAGCCUGAUCAGCCUCUCGCUGCGCAAGAUCCACAUGUCGCGCACGCAGCGCGGCGGCCUGAAGCUGCACAAGAACCUGCUAGUCUCCUACGUGCUCCGCAACGCCCGGCAGCUCUACCUGAGCGAGCGCUACGCCGAGCUCUACCGCCGCCAAAGCAGCGCCCUGCCCGGCCAGCCGCCUCACCCGCUCUACCUCGACGGAGCCGGCGGCGCCCUGCCCUUGGCGCCCGCGCCCACCGUCUGCGCUCCCCCGCCGCUGGGCGAACUGGCCGGCGCGGACUUCCAGACGCUGCCCGCCUCCGUCGCCGCCGGUCCGGAGGGCCUCCAGCUGCGGAGCUGCGCCCUGGCCAGGCCGGACUCGCCGUCGAUGCUGCUCCUGCCGCCGCCGCCGCCGCCCGCCGCCGACGCUUUGGGACUGCCCGCCGCGGCGAGCGUGUGCCGGGACUCGCCGCUGCCUUUCUACCCGCCGCGCGGCUACCCCGGGUCGGGCUCGGGAGGAGGAGGAGGAAGCGGCAGCGGAGGCGUCGGAACGGAGUUCGGCGUCUCGUGCGCGCCCUCGGGGAUUCCGCCGUCGGGGCCCGCGGCGCACUGCUCGAGCCGCACCACCGUGCUGGAUCUGGACACGCACGUGGUGACCACCGUGGAGAACGGCUACCUACACCAGGACUGCUGCUGCGCGCCCUGCCCGCCAGGCGGCCUCGUCCCCGCCGUCGUGGCCUCCGCUGCCAGCUGCUGCCCGCCGUCGCCGUCGCCGCCACCGCCGCUGCCUCCGCCCAGCCCGGGCGCCAAGCGCAAGUACGAGCCGGCGGGCGGCGCUGGGGAUCCGCCGCUCUUGCCGCCUCCGCCGCCCGGUGCGCCUUCGCCCUUCGCCUCCUGUGCCAAGCGCGCCCGCUUCGAAGGCUUCCCCACCGUUGGACAGGCGCCCUCGCCUUCCUCCUCUUCCUCCUCCUCCGCCUGCUCCCAUCCUUCCUCCUCCUCCUCUUCUUCCUCGCCGGACGCUUCCAACAUCUCCAGCCUGAUCUCUAUCUUCGGCUCCAGCUUCAGCGGGUUGGUGAGCCGGCCGCCCCCGCCGGCGCCGCCGUCGGACUCGGAGCAGCUCUCCAGCGGACAGCUGUGCGGCAAACAGGCGCUGGCCAGCUUGGGGGCUUGGACGCGGGCCAUCGUGGCCUUUUGAGAGCGGCCGGGGUCGGCUUUUGCGGGGCUCUCCCCGCCGCUCGGCCCCUUUUGGGACGGUGGGGGGG